AUGGUCUAUGUCAACAAAUCAAAUUCUGAAACUCUCAAGAAAUAUCUCUCGCUCGAUCAAAAGGGAAAAAUCCAGGCUGAGUAUAUCUGGAUUGACGGCGAUAGUGGUAUUCGUGGGAAGACUACUACUCUCGACAAGUACCCCACCGACGUGAGCGAAUUGAAGGAAUGGAAUUAUGACGGCUCCUCUACCAAUCAAGCUCCCGGUGAUAAUUCUGAUGUCUUGCUUCGUCCGGUCGCGUUCUUCAAGGACCCAUUCCGUGGUGGUGAUAAUAUCCUCGUGUUAUGCGAAUGCUGGAACAAUGACGGUACCCCGAAUAGGACAAACUAUCGGCACAGUUGUGCUAAGUUGAUGACUACGGUCACUGAACAUCAUCCUUGGUUCGGCAUCGAACAAGAAUAUACACUAUUCGAUACUGACGGACAAGUACUCGGUUGGCCUAAAGGCGGUUAUCCUGGUCCACAAGGACCUUACUAUUGCUCGGUAGGUGCGAAUAACGCAUUUGGACGUGACAUCGUCGAAGCGCAUUAUCGUGCUUGCCUUUACUCCGGUAUAAGCAUAUCUGGUGUUAAUGCGGAAGUUAUGCCUGGGCAAUGGGAGUUCCAAGUUGGUCCGUGUGAGGGCAUCAAUAUGGGCGAUCAUCUAUGGGUCGCAAGGUAUCUACUGCAUCGGGUGGCGGAAGACUUUGGAGUGGUGGUUUCGUUCCAUCCAAAACCAAUACCAGGCGAUUGGAACGGUGCCGGUUGUCAUACAAAUUAUUCCACGCAAGCAAUGCGCGAAGCGGGAGGUAUAAAAGCAAUUCAUGAAGCAAUCGAAAAGAUGUCGGAAAGACACGCGGAGCAUAUCGCCGUAUACGGAGAGGAUAAUGAAAAACGACUGACGGGUCAACAUGAAACGGGUCAUAUAUCACAGUUCUCGUCCGGUGUUGCUAAUCGAGGCGCAUCAAUUCGAAUUCCAAGGCAUGUAGCCGCAGAAGGUAAAGGCUAUAUGGAAGAUCGUCGGCCAGCAUCCAAUAUUGAUCCAUAUCGUGUCACACAAAUCAUAGUCGAAUCGACACUCGGAUAA